CAUACAAGAUUUGCAGUUUUAAAAAAGGGGAUUCCCUUUGUUGUCACUAAUAAUUCUGCAUCGUUUUUAGCAUGUGUUUUUUUUGUAAUAAUUUCUUCUCCGUCCCGCCAUAGCAUGUGAAUAGACAAGAUGCAAUAAGUGUCUCGACCUUUUUUCCUAAUACUUUCGUUACAUGUGGCUAGGUUUUGUGGGUGCAUACUACAGCUAGAUAAUCAGACAAGGUAGAAGCAUGGAUGUUGAAAAUCUUAAGACAUUCUCCAUUGAAGAGAUUUCAAAGCAUAACACUGAGGAGGACUGUUGGAUUAUUAUUAAAAAUAAAGUUUAUGACAUUACUAAAUGGGUUCCAAAGCAUCCUGGUGGAUCCUCAAUUUUAUUUAACUUUGCUGGCAAAGACUGCAGUGAUGAAUUUAAAAUAUUUCACUUGCAUUCAAAUCAUGUUCUCUUGAAAUCAUUUUUGGUUGGCAAAGUUUCAAAAGAGGAUUGGAAAGAGCAAUCAACGUUAGCACAAGAUUUUGAACUGUUACAUGACAAACUAAAGAAAAAUAAUGCAUUUAAACCAGAUUAUUGGUUUUAUUUUCGAAAGGGUUUAAUAAUCUUAUCAUUGUUCAUUGCAUCCAUCACACUCCUUCUCAGCUCAUCUAGCAUAAUAUCAUGCUUUGUAAGUGCUGUGUGUCUUGGUUUAUUUUGGCAGCAACUUGCAUUUAUUGGACACGACUUAGGUCACCAUGUUGUUACACAUAAUCGAAAAUUGGAUGACCAAAUUGCAAUUUUUGUGGGAAAUCUAUUGCAAGGAAUAAGCGUUGAGUGGUGGAAACACAGUCAUAACACGCAUCAUACCGUCACAAAUUCUAUUAAUUAUGAUCCAGAUAUUCAACAUCUGCCCGUUUUGGCCGUCUCAAAAGAAUUCUUUAAAAAUGUAUUUUCAACUUACCACAAACGUGUUUUAAAAUUUGACAGUGCAGCUCGUUGGUUUAUCUCUAUCCAGCAUUACAUGUUUUAUGUUAUUAUGGCAUUAGCUCGAUUCAAUUUGUAUGCACAAAGCUAUAUUUAUAAUAUUAUUGGGUAUGGCUCAAAGACAGAAAAAAGGAAAAUCGAACUUCUAUCAUUGGCUUUCUUCUGGGUUUGGUAUGGGUAUAUGUUGUCGUUUACAAGUUCAUGGUCCCAUGCAGUUUUCUUCUUGUUUAUGUCUCAUGCAGUAGCUGGACUGGUUCACGUUCAAAUAUGUAUUAGUCAUUUUGCAAUGGAAACAUAUCAUGGUAUUCCGCAGAGUAGCUUUGAGAAAGAUGGCUACAUUCGCUCACAACUAUUGACAACAAUGAAUGUAGAUUGUUAUCCCUUCAUGGACUUCUUUCAUGGCGGACUUCAAUUCCAAAUUGAACACCAUCUUUUUCCUCAUCUCACAAGAAGUAAAUUUCGCUAUGCUCAAAAGGAACUGAAGAAGUUAUGCGAGAAACAUAAUUUGCCCUACGUAAACAAAUCUUUUUAUCACGCAAAUAAGGAUGUGGUAACAAAGUUGUACGAAACGUCGCAAGAACUCAAAUUGUCCAGCAUGUUUUGGGAUGGUAUCAAUAUGAUUGGCUAAACUUUUUUUUUUCAUUUUGUACUUUUUUUAUGGGUAAAAAAGAUACUGACAUCGAGGAAGAUACCUUGCAACAGCUAUAAA